UGCCAUUAAAAGGUUUUGUCAAUGAAUAUUUACCAAACAAUUAUAUCGUACCUCUUCUUCCUGCCAGAACGAAUAAUUGGGUAAUUUCUGAUCCUACCGAAACGUCUUUUGUCUUUUUUAUAAACUCUUUAGUUAAGCUAUUAGAACAUAUAGACUUUUGCAAGGUUUGUUUCCUUUUUGGUUGGUUUUUCGUCAACUUGGGUCCUGUCUUGGUAAACCGAUUUUUGUCUCAUCUUUAAAUUAGACAGAGUUGUCGCUUUUUUUCUUAUUUAUGCAGUAAAUUAUUCUAGUUUUAUUUCCAAGAAUAAAGUAGACAAGGAAAAUGGAUUACUAUGAUAUUGACGGUAUUCUGUCUGAAAACCAAAAGGUCCCUUGUACCUGCAACGUUUCGAUCCCAGGGCUAGGACACGAGGGACGUGAGGUGCCGGCCGGCUCAAAAGUGGAGUUGCCUUUCUGGCUUGCUGAAGUCCUCGCUGUAAAUUCGUUCGUCAGUAUUCAUAUGCCGAUUCCCUUUUCUUCAGUUGUGCGCAAUGCCUUGAAAGCAAAUCCUACAAGUGUGCCUUUACGAGACAUUUGUAGUAAUUAUUAUCACUUUUCUGAAAAUAUGCUUCACGUAAUUUCCGAUGAACAGCUUGCCCAGCUAUCUCUGGAUACUCUGCGAAAACGAGCUUUGCUCAUCGCUGACGGGGCUCUAAAUCCUCAAGGAGCAUUGCAACAGAAUUCAGACUUUAUCAAUGGGCUUGAUGACUUUGAGAAAUACCUUUUAAGAACUGCACACUCUACUCACCGGAGUCUUACACAUUGGCAAAACUCCACAAACAACUGACCACUAUAUUAGAAUGACAAGAGACCUUGUUUUAAUAGAACUAUUGUAUAUAAAAUCAUUACCUACAUGUUUUGUUUUUGCCUGUUUUCUUAUAUAUACGAUGACCCAGUAUGUAUCUACAAUAGUAUAAUAACAAAUUGCUUCAAUUCAUA